AUGUCAUCCGAACCACUGUCAAGCCCAUCCCCGUCGAAUCGGUCAGGUUUGAUUGAGCAUGUGGGGUACUCGUCUUUACCACCCGCAUCAUCCCAAGGAACCUCGUUGCCGACGACUCCAUCACCUCGUUCUCGCGAGUGGGCGAAAUGGCCUGGAUUCGAGCGAUAUACUGGCGGCCAGGACACGAGGGCGUGGUGGCAGCAAUACGGGUAUCGUGCUGAGGACCGGUCAACCUCGCGCCAGGGCAACAGGCUGAAGUGGAUCUGCGCGGAUUGCUUCGCUCGAGGCUUCAAGAAGAAGUCAGACUUCUGCUUCGUCUGCUCGACAGGAGCCGCUAUCAAGAAGCACCUUCGUAACGCCCACGGAAUUCUGGCCCCAAACGACGUUGCAGGAGGCGUGCGAGCCUCAUCUUUGGACGGCCGGCCCAUCACACACUUCAUUGGUGCCGACUUCAACAACCCGCACGACCAGUUCCUUGUCAGCAAGCUGCGGGGAAGAUUCAACAGCAAAGGGCUUCGGGUGCUCCUACUUGACUGGAUCACAUACCAUAAUCUGCCAUUUGAUAUCGUCAACACAGAGAGGUUCCAACGGCUCCUUCUCUACGGCAAUCCGCUCCUUGAUGCGACUCAUAUCCCAUCUGGGAAGACGCUACUUCGCAUGCUCGAAUCUGAAUACAGGGGUGCCGUCGGGCCCGUAACGGAACAUAACGGUGCCUCGCUUGCCGAUGAGGUCGCCGAUACACUGGCAUUCUGGCAAGUCAACAACCCGGACACGGUCGGCUACUUCACGCUGGACAAUGCUGCCAACAAUGACACCUGCAUGGAAGACCUUGCCUUUGAGCACGGCUUCUCACCCGAAGAGCGACGGAUCCGCUGCGCUGCACAUAUCCUCAACCUCUGUGUGCGGGCAAUGCUGUACGGUUCGAAGCAGGAGAAUUUUGCUGCAAUUGUUGCUGCCGAUGGGGAUGAUCUAGAUGACGACGAGGAGCAAGUUGAUCAAGCUAUCGACGAGGCCCUAAAUGGAGAGAUGAAGGACGGUACGGACGAAGACCCAGGAGCAAACACUGCCGUUGACAUCCCAGAAGAGGACCCCAUAUCGUCUCACCCGGCUCCGGACGAGAUCAAUGCUGCCAGCUUCAGGAGUACACUGUACGAACAGUUUCUUCAGUCUCAACGCAAGGAAUCCGGGCAUGGAACAACACUUCACUGGGCCUUCAACAAUGCCACCCGGUGGAACUCGGACAUGCGUAUGAUGGAACGGGCUCUUCGACUCCGCCAGGCGCUCAAUACCUUCUUCAAUGACGUUCAAAAUCGGUGGGAAACGGAGGGCCUCUAUGACCGAACGAAGCCGGCAGUUCUGCAGUACCGCUUGAGUGUGUACGACUGGAAAGUUAUCGAGGUACUUGUCAAGCUUCUCAAGCCGUUCGAGAUUGCCACCAAGCAACUUCAGGGCAAUGGUAUUCCCGGCGGUAGGUCCACAUGUGGCAGUUUCGAUGAAUACUUCCCCGUCUUUGAGAUUUUGCUUGACCACCUCGAAAGUGCUAUCGAAGGCACAAUCUUCGAAGAGGUUGAGGAUCCAGUGACUAGGGAGAAGAAAGACGUCGAACUCGGGUGGAAGAAGCUGCAUAAAUAUUACAGCCGUCUGACUAGCGCUGCAUAUGUCGGGGCUGUUGUCUUCAAUCCUACGAAAAAGUGGCGCCUUCUCGAUCAACUGUGGUCUCGAGUACCCUCUCGGAAGACGAAGAGUUGGCGGUUGGAAUACGAAGCAAAGCUCUUGGAGAUCUGGGAGAAGUAUAGGGAGCGCGACGUUGAUAACGAGGUCCUCGCUACGUCUGAUGAGGUCUCCAUGGAUUACAUUGAGCGGAGACUUGCUAGGACUGUAGCUGGGUCGCCAUUCAACCACGGCUCGUUCGGAGCAUCAAGUGCCCGCAAAAGCAACCGAAAGACGAAACCGUCUACGGCGGGAGCGACUGGCGAUGACGAAUAUGCUCGAUAUUGUGCCGAGGACGUCGUCAACAGCCACCACUACAGAAGCAGACCGAUCGACUGGUGGAAGAUCAACCGAAGCCGAUAUCCGCGACUGUCUCUGAUGGCAGUAGACAUGCUUACGAUUCCAUCGACGUCCGCGGAAAGCGAGAGGACGUUUAGCAGUGCAGGACGUAUGACGGCACCAUUGAGAAGCCGGCUGCGAAGGGAGAUCGUAGCGAUGGCUCAAUGCAUUCGAUCGUGGAGUAAAGCUGGGAUCUACACGCCUUCACUGCCGCUGCUUAGCCUCGACGAGGAUCAGUGGAUUGAUGCUCUUGCGUCGCUAAAGGGGCGAAGUGACACUUAA